UGUGUCUCGAGACUUGCACAGGGAGUUUGUGCAGUCCUGUAUUUCAGUAUCAAUGAAAGCCAAUUGGAAAUUAGGACAAUACUGUGUCAGUCAAGACAAUGUGUGGUGCAGCCGACCUCUGUUCCAAUCUUCACCUCUGAGUUACACCCGACCCCAACACUUGGUGCCUCGGGGCAAGUGCAGUCACAUCUUCUCCAAGUCCAAGGAGAUCCGGCCCUACCUCAAGUUUCCACAGUUUAAGGGUCGUGCCAUUGAAAGGAUGGGAGACUCUCAGAAGCUGAUGACACUAACUCAAAAAUCGCCAGUUGAAUCAGAAACCUUGGCAGUGGGAAUACUGAAGGAGAUGGCCCUGAAGUGGUUCGCAGAGACCCAGACUGAACUCAUUCUGCAGAACGGCCGGUUACCAGAAUGGUUCCAUGGCUUUGUUAUGAGGAAAGAAGCAGAGAACCUCCUGCGGAAUAAAGGCAUUGGCCACUUCCUCAUCCGCCUGAGUGACAGAGCGACCGGCUACAUAUUGUCCUACAAGGGAGCCAAUCGUUGCCGCCACUUUGUUAUCCACCGGCUGAAGGAUGGAAGGUACAUGAUCGACGGCAGUAACCACACCCACAAGGGCCUUGCAGCACUAAUUGAUUACUACAUGACAGAGGCCAUUCAACCGUUCGGAGAGGUCCUCACCGAAGCCUGCAGUCAGUAUGACGGAAGUGAUGUGUACGACCACAUUAGUUUCAACCCACCAGACAGCUCGUGCUCAGAAGAAGUAGAGGUCAAAGAAACGACAAUCAGAAGACCACUUCACAGUCGCUCUCAGCCCCGUCAGCAGGAACCCACCGCCGAGUGGCAGCGCGGGAGACCACCAGCCGUCCCUCCGAAAAGCAACAAGAUGGCCACAAACAAGAGGCUGCCCUCCGUGGAAAACAUCUCCUCCAACAGUGAGGAUUCUGAUGUCACACCUUUCUUGGCGAGCAAGAUGAACCUGGUUUUUGAUGAAGAAAGCCAAGUAGAAGCCAAAUAUGGGCAAGUUAAUAAAUUCAAAUCCAAGAAACCACCAGUCACAGUCUCGGAUGAAGGACCAGCAGUCUGGAGAACUCAGACAAGCUCAGCUUCCAGUGAGAAGGUGGAUGAUAGAAAGUCCUGCCACCUUCAGUGGGAACCAAACAAUGCAAUAUAUUCCCUGGCUGUGGAGCCUCAGCCAAUAUAUAAUGAACCUUUCGAGCCAAUGACAAGUACCUCGGCGAUAGAUGUUGUGUACACCGAGGUGGACACGAAUCAGUGGAGGACUGGCACUUCACCAUCUGCCAGCGACAGCUAUUUCACCACAAUCCCAGUACCAGCUGAACACAGCUGCCAGGCUUCGGAGACCAAGUACACGGGCUUGGCCUCUGGGCCAUCGACUCCGCCUCGACUCUCACCCAACUUAAACAGCAGGAUGAAAUCGUCAUCACCCACACACUCUGCACAGAAGCCAGGAGCAAGCCAGAGUUUCCCAACCAGUCUUCGACCACUUCCUCACCCUGGUGACAACAGUGAACGGCUGCCUUACAAAACCUCUCUGAGGGGGAAAGACACCACAAAAUCAAUGGAGAACACGUACGAACAGGUUCCUGUUGCAUUUGCAAAGCGUAGUCAGACAAAGCCAGACAAGGAUGAAAUGCGUAAAAAGUGGUUCUCAGAUUGGAAGUGCAAGUGAAGGAAGGAGAGACCUGUCACACACAAAUAUUCAUGGUGCAAAUGUAGAACUGGUAGAAGAGCUGAGCAGGGCCACGUGAGAUUGGUUCCGUGACCCACUGAUCUUCUGGCUGUGCUGGCUAUCUACAACACUGUUGAAAAAUGGUCCAACGUUUUCCUGCAUUGACACUAACCCUGGAUCCAGCUACUGCUUCAAAGUCAAAUUCUGACGCCAAUCAUUCAAAUCCUUGUAGAUUUUACAAUAAGCUGUCAUUACGGUGAACGUGUUUUACUUAGUGAUUGGCGAGUUAAUGCUUUGCCUCUGUACUAUAUUAGCUCUGCUGCAGCAGUGUACUAAGCUGAUACUGGGACUGUUGUUACUCAAGUAAAUGGGAUGACUGAACUUCGUGCGCAUAAGUCCCAUAGGUAAGAGUGAAUCAAUGCCCAUUUUACACCUCUCCCCCUGACGUCUGAGAAUUUGACAUAUUGGAGAGUUGUGAAAUGCACAAAUCACUCUCACCCCUUUUAGCUUCAUGCUGUUUGUCGGAAUGACCCCUCUUUUAUUUCUGUCCAACAGCCUCUUGCGAUGCAAGAGGCAAGUGACCUGCUUUCAGGUUCCUGCAGAGUUCACUACAGAUCCAGAUACAAUGAGGUUGUACAAGAAAGCUGUGGGCACCAGAUCUCUCUUAAACUCACCCAUGUUGAGUGGCUGAGGAAGUCAAAGCCAAAGUCAAAUUUAUUGUCACGUGUACAAGUACAUGUAUGCACAGGUGCAAUGAAAAACCUACAUGCAGCAGAAUCAUUGCAUCAUAUCAGUGGGUUAUGGUCGGAGAUCAGAGCCUCCCUCUACAAGCUCAGCCUGAGUGGAUUAGAGAGGGAAAUGAAUCACCCUGUGCGACAGACUGGUUUUACCUAAAGCUGCACUUGAAAACUGCGCAGAGACCUGAAAGAGUAGGGUGGGCUGGAUUUGCACGGCCCUCAUCCCCUGGUCGACACUCAUCUGAGAAACAUGACCUUUAACAGAACUAUUUUCAUCUUCUAUCUUGGGAGCAGAUAGUAAAAUGGAGCUGCUCACACUGACUCAUGAACCCAGCCACAUGACAUGUAACAGUGGAAAUAAUGAUUUUGCUGAUAACUACGCAGGUUGCUUGUUCAAAGUGUAAAAUAUUCUGUUUCAACAUCCUUAAUCUCUUUCCAAAUGUUGCAUUUUCUAAUUCCUCCAUUUAUUUUUCUAAUAUUUGAUUCAUUUCUUUGUGCAAGGGGUGAGAGUGUUUGAGAAGUAACCUCUUCUCCAUUCUCUUGUGCAGUUGGCUCCUAGUGACAGGACUCACAAGAUGUUGUACAGGGGCAGGUUGCUCCAUCUCUCCCUGGUGGAGCCUUCCUCUGCAGCCCUUGCGUGGACGCUGCUCUUGUGAUGGGAGUGUGGCAGGGAAUCCCAGGAGCCAGAACCAUGUCCAGGUCUGGAGAGUGUGUGAUGUGGAGGGGACCUUGGUCAUGGUGGAGUUGCCUCUCCUGUUCGUUGCCGUGGUGAUGGGGACAGGAAGGUACUCUGUGAAAUGUUAACAUUGCCAUUCCUACUUACAAUAGGAAUCGUUGUUGCUUGGAGGAACAAGCAGACAUUGCUUGUCCAUUAUAUCACAAUAUCAAUAUGAUCACAGAACAGGCCACUCAGCCCUUCAAGCUAAUUCUGUUAUUCUACUAGAUCAUGGCUGUUCUGUGUCAAUACCAGCAACUGGCUCCAGUCUCUUAACCCAGUCCUUUGCCCGAAAAAUUUUUAACUGGCUCUGAGGCUCAGCAACCAAUCUGAAAGAGGGGGUGAAGAUGUUCCAGGUUUCUGCUGCUUGAGGCCCAUACAACCUGUGGUUCCACUAUCUCCCUGGUUAUCUGCCCCAAAUGCAAUAAUGUUAUUUUAGUCCCUGUGAUAUAAUCUACUGACUCACACACUACCAGAGGUUUCUGCCAGCACUUGAGUUGAGACCCUUUAAACCAAAAUGCAGAGUGCAAGCUUAAAGAUCAGAAAUAAUAUUUGUACAAAACUUUUAGGACAGUUAAGACACACCUGAGACUGCAAUUUUCUAAUGUUUAAUCGUUGUGUAUUUUGCUUUGUAUUCUUUGCCAUAAUGAUAUCAUUGAAUCAGAGCUAUGUACA